CGAGAGGAAAAAAAAAAGAAGUCAAGCACUCGUACGAGCGGUCGACGAAGGAGGAAGAGGACGAAAAACCCGUUCGUUGAAGAAGGAGAGGAGCGUUUUCUUCGCGACUCCGCGUAUUCGUAUAGGGGAGGGGGAGUGGGGCGUCUGUCCCAAAGGGGAGUGGUGGUCGCUCGGGACGGUGGGACCGCGUCGUCGUCAUAGCUGAACAAAGAGGUGUAACGUGGGGGUAUACGACUUCGGGCCCCGGACCCGACGGGCCCCCGGGUGGCGAAGGCGAAAGUGUGCCGCGUAUAUAAGGCCAGGAAUCGACGGCAAUCAGCAUCCAGUUCACUCCUGGACGCACCCGGAACAUCGCGAGAGCAAAAAUGAGAAUCCUGGUUUACGUGGCGGUUGCCACCCUCGUGGUUACGACAGUGCUGUCGGAGGAGACCGCGAAAGUCGAGAAAUCGGCGGAGAAGUCCGAGAAGAAGCAAGAGAAGCGAGGCCUGCUUGGUCUUGGCUACGGUUACGGUUAUGACGGCGGAUACGAUAUUGGAUCUGGCGGACACAUCGGCCUUGAUGUAGGCGGUGGAUACGGCGGAUACGGCGGACACGGAGGAUACGGAGGAUACGGAGGAUAUAUUGGCGGAGGAUACAUCGACGGUGGUCAUGAUCACCACGUAAAGACCGUGACCGUUGUGAAGAGCGUCGCCGUCCCCUACCCCGUGGAGAAACACGUCCCCUAUCCGGUAGAAAAGCCGGUGCCAGUUCCCGUCAAAGUGCCCGUUCCGCAACCCUACCCCGUUGAGAAGCACGUGCCCUAUCCAGUCAAGGUCCUCGUGAAGGUGCCCGUACACGUGCCCCAGCCCUAUCCGGUGGAGAAGAAAGUUCCCUAUCCGGUCCACGUACCGGUCGACCGUCCCUACCCGGUCAAGGUCUACGUACCGCAGCCGUAUCCCGUUGAGAAACACAUUCACGUACCGGUAAAAGUACCAGUGCCGCAGCCCUACCCCGUCGAGAAGCCAGUUCCAGUACCAGUGAAGGUCCCAGUCCACGUACCUCAGCCCUACCCCGUCGAGAAGCUCGUCCCCUAUCCCGUCAAAGUCCCGGUCGACCGUCCCAUCCACGUUCCUGUGCCCAAGCCCUACCCCGUCCACAUCGAGAAACCUGUCCCCUAUCCCGUUGAGAAACCCGUUCCCUACCCCGUGAAAGUUCCGGUUGACAGGCCAUAUCCCGUUCAUAUCGAAAAGCAUGUGCCAGUCCCGGUCAAAGUACCAGUACCUCAGCCAUAUCCGGUCGAGAAGCACAUACCUUACCCCGUCGAGAGACCCGUGCCUGUAGCAGUCAAGGUCCCAGUCGACAGGCCGUACCCCGUUCACAUCGAGAAACCUGUCCCCUACCCCGUGGAGAAGCCCGUCCCCUAUCCUGUUAAAGUGCCGGUGGCUGUGCCCGUCCAUCACGAGCAACAUCACGGCGGUUACUACAGCGGUGGAUACGGCGGUGGAUACGGUGGUGGAUACGAUGGUGGAUACGAGGGUGGCGACUACGGUCACCACUAAUGUCGCUACCUCCCGGCUGGUUAUCCAUCGUCGUCGUGCAAGAAACCCCAGCCGCGACAACGACGGAUAGCCGCGAGGACCUUGUCUUAGAUUACGAAGGUUACCGAUCCGAAACGUUGCCGUGCGGCGCAGCGAUAUCUGCCACUUUGUACCUGGAUCGGAAUCGAGGACGAUCUCCGGUAGACGAUCGCGUACCGGGCCAUCGUACCUACGAAUCCGAUCGCAACGAGGACGCGGCACGGCGACGUGUGCCAGUUAGGAAGAACGAAUGACCAGUAGGGAUGUACUCGUCUUCAGCGAUAUUCGCUCGAGAGCAGCUCGCUUGUCUUACUUUUGUACCGAUAUUAGCAAAGUAUAUGUAUUUUUGUACGGAAAAUAAAAUAAAUAUUAAUGUAAAGUAAUUGCGCAUUAGUGUGUCUUAUGUGUGUAAUCUACUCAUU